GAAUCUGAAUAAGAGGAGAAGGCGACGAAUAUGAAUAUGAAUGUGAGGGAGAAGACUGACGGAUAAGUGCACGUUGCUCUUGAAAGCUUCUUGAUCCACUACCCCAAAUUAUUCCCUUGUGUUCAAACGUCAAACAAAUUGAGCUGGAGGUAUGCAUGUCGAUUGCACCCUUAUUACUUGAUUUAUGACAAUUCAUUAGAGAUCCUCGAUGGAUUUGCCGCUUCACAUCUUUUGAAGUUGAUACCCUCUGCUUUGCACUGGAGAUAACUUUGCUACACUGUAAACAAUUAGAUGGAAUGUGCGUUGGAAGGCCACAGCGCUAUGGUUUUCAUCUUGGAAUUUUACAGCAUAAUCAACUCAUCGUCGCGAUUCUGAACAAGACAGACUCUGUAUUUAUAUGCUUAUGUUCAGUUUACUUUCCAGGAAAGGGAGCUAUGGCUAAUUGGGCAGCUGUAUGGAUGGAGACCGAAGAAAGGCAGAUGAAGGAUGAAAUUUGAUGUUGACUGUAUUCCCUCUCACAAUCUUGGUGUGUUGAUUGACCGGUGUAUAGGUUUGAAAAUCUGGGUUAUAAUGAAAGGAGACAAUGAGCUUGUCGGUACUCUUAGGGGCUUCGAUGUGUAUGUCAACAUGGUCCUCGAGGAUGUCACUGAGUAUUGGUCCCUGGUGGCUCCCCUGAUCUGGAAUGAGUUGGAUUCAUCCUCUAACCCCAGUGGCAAAUUAUGUAGGUUGGCUAUUCGGGUGGAGUGCUGUUUCUUGUUUUUGUGGCGGCGGCAUUCUUCUGAGUUUUCUAGAGGUUUUCAGACUGCUGAAAGAGUGAGCUCAGAGCUCAUGAGGUGUAAUAUUGCUUGCAGAGCUUGGUUAGAGUGACCAUAACAAAUUCUUGACUUUGCCGGAAAACUUGGCUGCUGGCGGUGGAAGCUUGGGAGAGGAGUCGAUGCUCUGCGACCUUGAGGGGUGUGGAUUUAAUCCUGACUAAUUCCUUAGUCUCUUCGAGGACUGCAUCGGUGACGGUGAUCGUGACAGUUUCUCGACUUUGCCAGAGAGCGCUCUCUUUCUGAAUUCUGACAGCGAGUCCUCUGUUUAUGCUGUAUGUACAGUGUAGAGAAUAGGGAAGUCUACUGUUGUACUCGUGUAAUAUCUCAAUGGUAUAUGCAAUGUGCAAGGUGAAAGCCC